AUAGAAUGUAAAGUUCUAUGGUCUUAAAGAAGCAAAUGCCCAUUUAACACGGAUUCUAAAUAAAAAUGGACAUCAGAAUGUUUGUUGGUAGCAGAAGAGUGAAAAAAUGGCAGUUUAGCCAGUUAUGUGCCGCUUGUUUUAUACUGAGCCUCAUCGUUUUUUGGGAACCAUUUGAUAAUCACAUUGUGAGCCACAUAAAGUCCUACUCUUACAGAUACCUCAUAAAUAACUAUGAGUUUGUGAAUGAGAGCCUAUCUCUUAAGCACAGCAAGGAUGGGGCUACUUGCUACCAAUACUUGAUUAACCACAAGGAGAAGUGUCAAGCACAAGACGUCCUCCUUUUACUGUUUGUAAAGACUGCUCCUGAAAACUACAACCAACGUUCUGCAAUUAGGAAAACGUGGGGCAAUGAGAAGUAUGUUCAGUCUCAACUUAAUGCCAACAUCAAGACUCUGUUUGCCUUAGGAACACCUUCUAAUCCACAGACAAGAGAAGACCUGCAAUGGAAACUGUUUCAGGAAGACCUAGUGUACAAUGAUAUAAUUCAGCAAGACUUUGCCAAUUCUUUCUAUAAUCUUACUCUUAAAUUACUUUUGCAGUUCAGUUGGGCAAAUACCUUUUGUCCACAUGCCAAAUUCCUUAUGACUGCUGAUGAUGACAUCUAUCACAUGCCAAAUCUUAUUGAAUACCUCCAAAGUUUACAACAAGUUAGUGUUCAAGACUUUUGGGUUGGUCAUAUUCACCGUGGUGCACCGCCCGUUCGGGACAAACGCAGCAAAUACUAUGUCUCCUCUGAAAUGUACCAGUGGCCAGCUUACCCUGACUAUACUGCUGGAGCUGCCUACGUGAUCUCUAACGAUGUAGCUGCCAGAGUCUACGAGGCCUCGCAGACACUUAACUCUAGUCUUUACAUAGACGAUGUCUUCAUGGGUCUCUGUGCCACUAAAAUGGGCAUAGUACCACAAUACCAUGUGUUUUUCUCGGGGGAAGGUAAAACUCCUUAUCAUCCCUGCAUUUACAAUAAAAUGAUGACAUCUCAUGGACACAUACAAGAUCUUCAGAACCUUUGGGAGGAUGCCACAGACCCUACAGUAAAAACAAUUUCAAAAGGUUUUUUUGGUGAGAUAUACUACAGGAUAAUUAAAAUAGUUCUCCUUUGCAGACUGACCUAUGUGGACACAUAUCCUUGCGGGGCUGCUUUUGCCUAAUAG